UUUUCGCUGCUGGGUUUCGAAAUUGGCUUUUGUUUUUCUUAGGAGCCAACCUCAAAAACAAAAUACUUUUUCCCUUAAAAAAACUCGAAUUUGUGCAGAAAACGCUCUGAAAACGAGGUAAUUCCCUUCUAGGGAUAGCAUUUUAGUGAUUGAGUGUGAAAUUAAGGUGGCCAUGGCAUCAAUACUAGCAACAACUCUACGCUACUCUCGUCCUCUGGUGGCCAGUGCUGCCCGUUUUGGCACUAUCACCUCUGUGAGCCCCUUUAGCCAGUUGGCUGCAGCUUCCCGGCAGACUGUGCUUACCGCUGCAAAACCCAUCACCUUGGUUCCCGUGAAGCAGAUCACAACCAGCUCCGUGAAGAAGGCCAGCGCUGCAGGAGGAAGUCACCAUCAUGACAAGCUCUGGCUGUUUGAGAGGGUUCUCUCACUGGGAUUGUUAGGUUUGCUGCCAGUGGCAUUCAUCCAUCCUUCUCCAAUUGGGGAUACAAUCCUCGCUUCCGUGAUGGUUGUCCACACGUACAUUGGAUUCAAAAGUAUUGUCACCGACUACGUUCGCCCGGUGGUUUUUGGCACAGUCAUCCCGCCAAUUGCUCAGGGCCUCCUGCUCCUGCUGACCAUCGCCACGGCUGCUGGACUUAUCCAGUUCAUCCGGAAUGAUAUUGGUAUCGCUAAUGCUAUUAAGCGUGCAUGGGCAAUAAAACCAGCUCAGUAAAAUAAUCUUUACUCUUAUUAAAUUAUUGCUCUGUAAAUAAAUCUCUGGAGAGUAGUUUUGAUUCAG